GGUGUAUAAAAGGAUGUCAGCCUGACAUGGAGUCUCUCUCAUUACCUGAGGAGCAAGCUGCUGGCUUACAGAGAGAAACUAUUACCGCUUGAAGUCAUGGCGGUGAAGAAAGUUGCUGUGAUUGGGGCAGGAGCCAGCGGUUUGACAUCCAUAAAAUCUUGCAUUGAUGAGGGCCUGGAACCCAUAUGCUAUGAAAAAAGUGAGGAUAUUGGAGGUCUCUGGAGAUAUAAUGAUAAUCCUGAAGAUGGUAGAGCCAGUAUCUAUAGAUCUGUCAUUAUUAACACAUCCAAGGAGAUGAUGUGUUAUAGUGAUUUCCCAAUCCCGGAGGAAUUCCCAAACUACAUGCACAACUCCAAAAUCAUGGAUUAUUUCCAGAUGUAUGCAAAGAACUUCAACCUUCUGAAACACAUCCAGUUUAAGACUACUGUUUGCAGUAUAAAGAAAAGCGAAAACUUCUCUACCACUGGUCAGUGGAUUAUUAUCACUGAAAAGGAAGGGAAGCAAGACACAAGCAUCUUUGAUGCAGUGAUGAUGUGUACUGGACAUCAUACAUUCCCUAAUCUACCACUAUCUUCUUUUCCAGGAAUAGAAAAAUUUAAAGGGCAGUACAUGCAUAGUCGUGAUUACAAGGCGCCAGAUGAUUUUCGAAAUAAAAGAGUUGUAGUGAUUGGAAUUGGGAACUCUGGUGGGGACAUAGCCGUGGAACUAAGCAGGACAGCACAACAGGUGUACUUAAGCACUAGAAGAGGUGCCUGGAUAACAAAUCGGGUGUCUAGUAAUGGCUACCCUGUGGACAUUGCAAAGCUCUCUCGCUUUAUAAGCCUAAUGCAGAAAAUUCUUCCAUCUUUUAUGGUCAACUAUGUUGCAGAAAAAGAUGUCAACAGUAGAUUUAAUCAUAGCAACUAUGGACUCUUGCCCCGACACAGAUACAAUAGUCAACAUCCAACUAUAAAUGAUGACCUUCCAAAUCGCAUCAUCUCAGGCUAUGUUCAAAUUAGAUCCAAUGUGAAAGAGUUCACAGAUAAUGGGGUUGUAUUUGAAGAUGGCACAAUGGAGAAAAACAUAGAUGCUGUCGUCUUUGCUACAGGAUACAAAUUUUCUUUCCCAUUCUGUGAAGUCAUUAAUGUUAGGAGUAACAAAAUUUCCUUAUACAAAUAUAUGUUUCCUUACCAUUUGGAGAAGCUCACCUUAGCCGUUGUGGGACUUAUACAGCCUCUUGGUGCUAUCAUGCCAAUUUCUGAGCUUCAGUCUCGCUUGGCAACACGAGUUUUCAAAGGUUUGGUCCAACUGCCCGACCAGCAAAGCAUGGUUAUAGAUAUAGUAAGGAAAAAGGACAAAUUGGAUAUUCGCUAUGUGGAAAGCCAGCGUCAUACUGUACAAGUGGACUAUGUGGCGUAUAUGGAUGAACUGGCCACACUCGCUGGUGUGAAACCAAAUCUGGUAGAACUAUUCAUUACAGAUCCACGGUUGGGCUUCCAGGUGUUAUUUGGACCCUGUACUCCUUACCAAUAUCGACUUACUGGGCCUGGAAAGUGGGUUGGUGCCAGAGAGGCCAUCUUGACUCAGUGGAAACGUAUUAUAAAGCCAACAAAGACCAGAGUACUUCAAAAUGAAACGGCAGAAACAUCUAUUACAAUGCUGAAAGUCUUUGCUGUUUUAAUUAUCUUGACUGCUCUAUAUCUAUACUUAUAGUAUUUGUAUUUGCGAGUUGGGAAUGGUGUCCUAUAUAUGACAAAUGUGUCACAUAUGUAUUUGAGCAACUUCAUUAAAGUGCAUAUAUACUGUAUGCACUUUGUAAAAUAAUCUUUGUCACAUAAUUGGAAGCAAGUAAAUGUAUAAUUUUUGAAUGAAAGUCAUUUUAUUUAACCAAACUAAUUUGUAUGUAAAAUGACUAAAAUAUUAUGUCAUUAUUAAAAUGUAUAAUUGGA